UCCAAGUGGAUAUUUUGUGAUUGGCGCCGCUUGUUCUGUAUCAUUUGUGGGACGUGUGCAUUUUAUCUGUUGGUGCUGUAUCAUAGGUGGGAGGUGACAGCAGAUGCUGAAUACAGUAUAUUUCAUUUCUAAGUUUUCAGUGAAAAGUGAAGAUGUGGCGAAUAGUAAUAGUGGCGGUGGUUCUCACUUUCACUCGUCAGUGUGUAGAGGGGCAGGAGUGCCCGUGUGAGUUACGCCAGGCUGACCCAGUCUUCCCAGGGUCUGAUGGAACUCGCUGGGACUGUGAGUACGUCAGUCACGGACUCUCAGAAAUCCCCACCUCCUGUUGGGCACUCAAUCCUGACGUUACCCAGAUCUUCCUGGACUACAACAGUAUAAGCCAGGUGACAGGUGACAGCUUUUCGGGGCUCACCAACUUACGAACUCUCUCCCUCAAGGAGAAUAAUAUUGCCACCAUCGACAACGGGGCGCUGGCUGGUCUGAGUCAGCUGGAGUUCCUGGACGUGUCAGGUAACUCACUCACUGAGCCGCCACCUGAGAUAUGGAGCUUGACCACCCUCACUCAACUCUAUCUCGGUGACAACCAACUCACUGAUGCAAACAAUUACGGUAUAUCUAACUUGGUCAACCUAGAAGUGCUGGACCUACAUCUUAACCACCUGCCACAUAUCCCUGACCACAUCCUGGAGCCUCUUACCAAGCUUCGGAGCCUUCACUUGUACUGGAACAUGAUCACUGAACUGCCCAUACUGACGGAGAAUUUACAGCUGGAGGAGGUGUUGGUGAAUGGCAACGCCAUCGAUGUGUUUCCGAAAUAUGUGUUCGGCGACCUCACCAAGCCUCUUACCUACCACUUUCAGGACAACCCGGCCUACGACAUAUGGGCGACGAUGCUGCUUCCACUACCAGUUCAUAGUCACAUCAUGAUGGGUUAUGACGUGUUUGUAUGGGCCGAGGAUGAACAGCAGGCAAAACUGGUGUUGCAGGGGGCUGAGGGGUGGCUGGUGGUGGAUGGUCUACAAGAACCCAUUGACCUCAGCACACUAUUGAGGAUCUGUGCCAAUACUACGACACCCAAUGUGCAAGGUCGCAUCCCUCCAUGUUGAGUCAUACAAUAAAGUUUCCCAUAAAAAAAUGGGUUUGUACGAAUCCCUGAAUACAAGGUUAUUUGAUCACAAUAUUCCAUGGAUGCAAUCAAUUACACUACUGUGAAAAUUUGAAAUUAACAGAAGUAAAAAAAAAAAUGGAAGCAGCAG